UCACUCCCUCGCCCACACUCCAGUCCUGUAGGGGGCGGUAAUGUACCGUAAGUUAGUUUGCCAACCGCCAAUAAAACUAAAAAAAGAAAAUUACUUAUUAUUAUCUCUCUUCCUUCGCAUUGCCAAUAUUCUGUACAAACCGCGCUUUUCGGAUGGAUUCCCCGUGCUGCUAGCUUGUUAUGCUAGAUAGUGCUGCUUCUAGUUCGUCUUUCCAGUCACUCUCAAUGGACGACCGCCUCUAAGGUUGUCUAACAUUAUUUACCCUUACUUGGGAACAAUGGCGACCCAGAGAGCACUUCCUCAGAGUAAAGAAACUCUUCUUCAGAGCUACAACCAGAGACUUAAAGAUGACAUCCGGUCCAUCCAGGACAACUUCACCGAAAUUAUCAAAACGGCAAAGAUAGAGGAUGAGACGCAGGUUUCUCGAGCAACUCAGUCAGAGCAGGACCAUUAUGAGAUGCAUGUACGAGCAGCUCACAUCGUACGUGCGGGCGAGUCCUUGAUGAAACUGGUGUCGGACCUAAAGCAGUUUCUGAUCCUGAAUGACUUCCCUUCGGUGAACGACGCCAUCAGCCUCCAGAACCAGCAGCUGCGCUCGCUGCAAGAGGAGUGCGACAAGAAGCUGACCUCGCUACGGGACGAGAUCGCCAUCGACCUGUACGAACUUGAAGAAGAAUAUUACUCCUCCAGGUACAAGUAGGCUCAUACUCGCCACACACCCCCCACCCAUCCCGCCGCUGCCACCAUCGUCAUCAUCAUCCAUCUCUUGCUGUGAGUGAGCGGUGAACACACACCAUAGUAACAUAGUGGCUCUACCCAAAUAUUCUCAUGCUUUAUGUUUACUUCUCCAUGAAAUGUUUCAUUUGUUCAACUCAGACCAAAGUUGAGCUUUCCAAAGAGUGAACAGACUACCAGAAGGAUAAAUUCAGCGCUGAAAAUAUGAUAGCAAAGCAAGUACUGUACGUCUCAACAUUUGGCGGAAAAGGUCAUGUUUUAAUACAUUAUUAUCAUUAAACUAGACGGUAAAAGUAUGUUUAUUUAUGGACAAAUUUGUUGUUGAUCAGAAAAUGCAGAGUUCCCUGGAUCACUAAACACCAUUUGUUCAAGACAAGUACUGCUCUUAAAGAAACACUGCACUUUAAAAAAAAAAUGCCCACAAUCCCUUUGUGGGACAAGAACACACGUCUUUCUCUUUUUUGUGUAAUCUAAAUUUUAAAAUACGGCUAGUACUAGACGGCUAACAAUGUAGCUAAUGGGGGAGUCUAUAAAGCCCUUUCAAAAAACCGCUAACAAAACAGCAUUUACCAUAACCUGCUUUAUAUAGAUAGGUAUAGCUCGGUUGGUAGAGCGGCCGUGCCAGCAACUUGAGGGUUGCAGGUUCGAUCCCCGCUUCCGCCAUCCUAGUCACUGUCGUUGUGUCCUUGGGGAAGACACUUUACCCACCGGCUCCCAGUGCCACCCACACUGGUUUAAAUGUACAAAUUAGAUAUUUGGUUUCACUAUGUAAAGUGCUUUGAGUCACUAGAGAAAAACUGCUAUAUAAAUAUAAUUCACUUCACUUCACUAUUAUAAGAGCUUACGCCAAUUAACUACUUUUAGUGGUGCCUUGAUCAUGAGAGGUAACUAGCUGAUUCAUCACCUCUAAAGUUGGUAAAAUAUAAUUCUAGAUUGUAAAUCAGGGGUCCACAAACAUUUGGAUUGGGGGGGCUGUUCCUGGUUGAAAAAAAUCAAUUUUCUGAGAGCGAAGAUUUCACGUUAUUGAUGGGAAAAUGCAUUUUUAGACAAUAUGAGCACCGAGAGUAACAAGUGGUAGAAAAUGGAUUAAAAAGGACACAUUAAAAUAAUAAUAAUAAUAAUAAAAAAUAAAAAUAUAUACUGUAUAUAUAUAUAUAUAUAUUUAUUAUUUUUUGACUUGGGACUUCCCGGCCUGUGGGCCGUAGUUUGGGGAACCCUGUUCUAAAUCAUGCCUCUCACUUGUAUUGUAGAAGGUUGUGGCCAUAAACCGAGAAGUUGGGCAACUUUGAAAUUCAAUUUUGUCCAGAAGACAUCAUAAGGAAGACGCAACAAUAUGCUGGUUUUCUCCCACUUUUUUUCUUUUAAACAAGAAGAGUGAGAAUUAUGAUGAAUUAAUCAUCUGAACGGAGAAUUCAAAUCUUGUGCUGAACGAUUUAAACAUCCAAUCAGUCGGCAUCCCUGUGAGAGCGGCCAUUGUUCAGUAGGUGAUAGUUUUAUUAAAGUAGGUGAUAGUUUUAUUAUGUUCGUAAUUUGUUUUUCUUGUUUAGCACUUAGCAAUCAGUGUUACCUGAUACUUAGUGUUUCUCGAAAGCUAGCACUGCUUAUCACACAGCUUAUAAAACGUAUAGCUCAUCAUCCUUAUUAUUCAGGCUUAAAUUACAAGGUUCUGGAUCAUCAUUUGUUCCAAAAUAGUUUAUAAUGGCUCUCAUGAAGUCUGCCAUGGUUGCUUGUAUUUGUUAUUGUCAAAUAUUCUGAUACAGCGUUUAUUUUGCAUAAAUAUGACGACAGACACGCUAAAUGGAUUGAGCUCCUUAUUCUGCUCACUUAAGGGGACACAAUCCUCUGCACACGAGUUUACUAGAUCAGCUUUUCAUGUGUUCUCAAGUUUGCCUAUUUUAGUAAAAUCAAUGUGUCUCUGAAAUGCUUACAAUGACCAAAAUACAUAAAAAUUACAUUUUAUGAAUGAGCUUGUAACUAUAUUACACAUACUGUAUACUUAGUGUGUAUAUAAAAAUAUGAUUUAUUAUUAUUUAUUUUUUUUAUAACGCUUUAUAGGCGGAAUAAAUUGAAUCCCAUUACAUGCUUUGUUAGCCACCUAUUGCUUGCAAUUAUUUACCAGUUAGAAUGCAUAAAACAAAAAUGACGUGUUCUUGUCUGACACAGGGAUUGUGAAUGAUGGACAAAAUGAAUACAAGAAAAGUGCAGUACCCCUUUAAAUCAAAGGUAUACUAUAAUAUAAAAUGCACACAAUGACUGUUUUAUUUGGUUCACAUUGGGUCAUCCUGUAUCGAUCCGUUGUGGUGAAGAAGGAGCCGAGUCGGAAGGCAAAGCUCUCAAUUUACCGGUCGAUCUACGUUCCCAUCUUCACCUAUGGUCAUGAGCUUUGGCUUAUGACCGAAAAGACAAGAUCACGGGUAAAGGCGGCCGAAAUGAGUUUCCUCCGUCGGGUGGCGGAGCUCUCCCUUAGAGCUACGGUGAGAAGUUUAAAGUAAAGCCGCGGGUCAGGAUGCCACCUGGACGCCUCCCUAGGGAGGUGUUUAGGGCACGUCCGACCGGUAGGAGGCCACGGGGAAGACCCAGGACACGUUGUGAAGAUUAUGUCUCCCGGCUGGCCUGGGAACGCCUCGGGAUCCCCUGGGAGGAGCUGGACCAAGUGGCUGGGGAGAGGGAAGUCUGGGCUUACCUGCUUAGGCUGCUGCUCCCGCGACAUGACCUCGGGUAAGCAGAAGAAGAUGGAUGGGUCAUUUUGAGUUAGAAACCCCUUUUUGCCUCUGAUAUAUUUCUCCUGUUGCAGCACAUCACAUCUGUUGAAUGGCGACUGUAGUAGACUACUUUAGGGCUGUAAACUCAAAACGGUUCAAUGACCGUCUUCACUAUGUCACAUUUUGUGUUGAACAACCCAGAGUGUCGUCAGCUUCCCUACAACUCUGAACAGGGUUCUCGAUGGAUCCACACUUUUAUCAUGUUGAAUUCUCACCCAUGUGAACGUGCAAAGGUUCAAAGAACUUUAGUCAUAUCAGCACACAUGAGAUGGCACGAAAUUUAGGUCUGAUUUAGCCCCUGAUUAACAAAAUAAUGAUAGAAUUUACAUACUUGAAUAGAAAUGGAUAGAAAUAGAGUAGGUUAUAAAUAUCAUGAACAUUUUAAUUUUCCUGAAGGAAUUAAUAAAGUACUAUCUAUCUAUCUAAAAGUAAUGGACUGACUCAAACUGGUGGGACUAAGCAUCAGUUUUCCUGUCUUAUAUUGUACAAAUCGUAGCUUUAAUUUAUGAGUGUUGUUUUUUAUGGUUGGAGUCUCCGUUUUCAGGGCUCCUUGUGUUGUGCUAUCAGAGAUUCUUAUUAGUCUGUAACUGAUACUGAUUCCACAGAUUUCAAAUGAGUGAUCUAGGAAGUGUGCAUUUAAGGUUGUGAUCCACCUCCACAAGCCCAGGUGGUGUGACUAAAAGCGGACUACAUUUUCGACUGUGGAUUUAUUAUAAAUUUGAAAAUCGUAUUUAUUAGGGAAAUCCCUGCCAUUCAAAUGCAAUUUCAUGCUUCCUUUUGAAAUCCACAAAGGGGACCUAAGGUAUUGUAAUCUAUAUGUAAAUCACUUUCUUGUGGGUAAGAUAAUAUGUAUUGGAUAUUCUUUGGUGUAAAGUAUGCGUGAAUUUUGCUCCACGGUCACAAAUUUUAACCUACUUUCUGCGUAAGUCUGGAAGAUGUUUGUAGAGGCGCUCCUAGAUUACAAAUGUAACCAUGCCCCACCCUUUCUAAAGGUAACAUAAUAUAUCUUUAGAAAAUUGACUUUAACUAUAUAUCUUAAAGUCAUCAUUACUAUUUUUUUACAUACAUGGUUGAAAAUUAGCUUCAUAAACUGCAUAUAGAUUCACUCGGUUACAACAUUAACUACACCUGCGCGCACACUGAUCAAUUAAGAACUUCAUAAAAAAAAGUUAUUUAUCUCAGAUUAGAGGAAAAUAAUAUUCUAGCCCACAUUUUUUGUAUUUCCUUAAAGCCUGAAGCAGAAGAGGACGGGCUCCUCCCCCUCUGGCUGAGGGCUUAAUGUCCAAAUAAGUAUGUCCACCAAGCCGCGACGUCACAACGUAGCAAGACUGUAAAACCUGCAAACAGCGCAUGAACCUUAUGAUUUGAUGGUUUGUUUUUUACACAACUAUCCAACACUGUAAUAAGAUUUAUAAGUCAGAAAAGGCUAACUUUAUCAUAGGUGCCCUUUAAACACAAGGGUGAGACCGUUUUGUUAAACAUUUUGUUCCCGUGCUGUGCCAAAAAUUAACAGCACCAUUUGGCCUUAAUGCCAAGAUACAUGGCAUCCGGAAACUGCCCAAAGAUACUGUAAGUGUGCCAAGCUCCUGGCAUCAUAUUCAAAAAGACUUCCGGCUGUAAUUUCUGCCAAAGGUGCAUCAACAAAGUUUAGAGCAAAGGCUGUGAAUACUUAUGUACAUGUAAUUUACUUAAUACAUUCGCAAAAAAAAACAUGUCACAUUGUUAUGGGAUAUUGUGUGUAGAAUUUUGAGGGGGGGAAAAUUAUUUAUUCCAUUUUGGAAUAAGGCUGUCACAUAAAAUGUGUGUCGUGAAUACUUUCCGGAUGCACUGUACAUACAGUACAGGGCAAAAGUUUGGACACACCUUCUAAGUCACAACACAACUGAUGGUCUCAACUCCAUUGACAAAGCAAGAAAUUCCACUAAUCAACCUUGAAGCUCAUCAAGAGAAUGCCAAGAGUGCCCCAAGCUGUAUUCAGAGCAAAGGGUGGCUAUUUUGAAGAAACUAGAAUAUAAAAGAUGUUUUCAGUUAUUUCACCUUUUUUUGUUAAUAACGCCACUUGUUCAUUCUUAGUUUUGAUGCCUUAAGUGACAAUCUACAAUGUAAAUAGUCACAAAAAUAAAACCCAUUGAACGAGGUGUGUCCAAACUUUUGGCCUGUACUAUAAAUAAGAACCAUGAGAAUGCAGUACCGUUACACCCUUAUCAAAUGAAACUCUAAAAGUCCUUUUAAUCGCUUGUCUUUACUAAUGUGGUCUUCUGUUUAUACUUCAAUAGAUCAGCUGUGCUUGUCUAAAUGCACUGCAUAGUGGUUUUGUGAGUACAUAUUAAACCCAGGAGAGGUUCAACACGUGUACCUAAUUAAGUGGCCUUUGUAUAACAUUUUAUAAUUAUUUCUCUGAAUAAUGCAUCAAAUAAGUGACAUUUUGAGGGACUGUUACAGUUUGAUGUUGAUUUGAGAUCAAAUCUGAAGUGGUGAGUAGAUGUUUAGUAAUUUGGUUUUCCCUUAAUGGCCUUUAUGCUUGUGACUCAGGUGCUCAAAAAUAAACAUUAAAACUUUCACAUGGUUGAA